AUGUUUCUCCGGCUAUGUUUAUUCCUAGCAGCAGCAUCUGCGUUGCAAACACUCCCUCCAGUCGAAUUUACUGCUAGACCAGGAGAAGGGUUCUCAAUUUCUUCAGCACCCAAGACCGUUUACGUCGAUUCCAGUUUCGCAGAGACAAAGGACAAGGACGGCUUGAGCCUUAUCCCGCCUUCAGCAUACGAGUUCGCUGAAACGUUUAUCGGAGACCUUGGACAGAUUUCAGGCACUGACUGGAAACUCGAGCGCCUUGAGAGGGUCCCUGAAGAUGGAAAGGGCAUAUAUCUUGGUAGAUUUAGAGGCUCGGUAGACAAUCUCACUUAUCAAAACGGUGAGCAUACAGAAGAAGCCUAUGAACUGGAGGUUGGGGGCGCACGCGUUUAUAUCGGUGGCACUGGAGCUCGUGGCAUGUGGUGGGGAACUCGAACGCUUUUACAGCAACUUCUGCUUGCUGGCAAUGGCCAACUCCCUGCCGGAAGAGCUGUAGAUGUCCCGGCCUAUGUCACCCGAGGAUACAUGCUUGACUGUGGCCGCAAAUGGUACUCAGCGUCAUUCCUGAAGGAGAUGUGCGCGUUCGCCUCCUUUUUCAAGAUGUCCGAAUUUCAGUAUCACCUCAUGGACAACUAUCCACUCAACCGGGGCCGGAAUGAAACCUGGAAUCAGGUUUACUCGCAUUUUUCUCUCAGACCAGAGAACCCGGAGUUAAGACCCCUUGUGGAUAGAUGGAACGAAACAGUCUCACGAAACGAAUUUGAGGACCUCCAGAAGCAUUGUGCUUCGCGCGGUGUGACUGUGAUCCCGGAGAUUGAAGCACCCGGUCAUUGCCUUGCAAUUACGAAAUGGAAGCCUGAACUUGCUCUGCUGAAGAAAGACUUGCUGAAUCUGACACACCCGGAUGCUAUCUCAACAGUUCAGGCCAUUUGGAAAGAAUUCCUCCCUUGGUUCAAAACCAAAGAAGUUCAUAUCGGCGCCGACGAAUACGAUCCAACAUUGGCCGACGUGUACAUCACCUAUGUAAAUGAGAUGGCCAAAUUCAUCAAAUCAACCGCGAGCAAAAGUGUUCGCAUCUGGGGAACUUACGAGCCGUCCGAGACUCUAGCCAUCGACAAGAAUGUCAUUAUCCAGCACUGGCAAUAUAACCAAUCUGACCCAUAUGAUCUUGAGCCAGCGGGGUAUAACAUCAUCAACUCUGAAGACUGGGUUGUGUACAUGUCCAUUAAGAACGAUCACACUCCAAUUUUCCCCGCCCGCUAUCCUCAAUUCUAUAACGUUUCGCGGUCCUUCCAUUUUGCCAACAAGGAAGAUUGGCAAUGGGAGCCGUCGCUCCUGGAUCCAUACAAUAUCACAGAGCAAAUGAACCCUAAUGCGAAAGGGCUCAAAGGCGCUAUCAUGGCGGCCUGGAACGACAAUGGGUAUGAUGCCAGCACCCAGCUGGAAGCGUAUUAUACCAUGAAGGCCGGCAUCCCACUAUUGGCAGCAAGAUCCUGGAGCGGUAGCCGAGGCAGACGACUUGAUGAGGCCACUUUCCUCGAAUCAUCGAAACUUCUCAGCGAUAACGCGCCAGCUCAGAAUUUGGAUAGACGGCUGGCUGUCGAACUCAAUGGCAAGAGUCCUCCGGGUCCGUUACUCGUUUGGAGGCGUAGCACGAGCGUUCCGAAUGACGGGCGAUAUAUCCUUGGCUACGGCAGCAAGGGAAUGAACUAUAGUCUAACGCUUGAAGUAACUGGGCCAUUCACCCUCUCUUCAAACGAUAGCGUGCUUUAUCUGGACCAAAAUGGAAGCCUGGUGUUCUCAACCGAUGGAAUUCCUUACCCCCUGCGUCACGUUGGUGAAGAGGAUGGUUUUGACCUGGGUCAUCCAGGUCGUAUCUGGACGAACUCUAGCAAUUCAAGCCAUGAGCCAGUCAAAGUGCCUUUAGCGGCAAAUAUCACCAUCAAAACAGAUAUUCUUGGUGGUAGCCGCGUGUGGGUUAACGACAGUUUUGCUGGCCGGUUUGAAGUCUUCGUUUUUGGAGGGAAAAAUAUGUUCUUUUCCUGGAGUCAAAUGGCAUUUGCCGCACCUCUAGAUCAGCUUGAGGGAGGGAUUGAGGCCAUCACCGUAGCCAGAUAUAGCCCUGAGGAUCCGCCAACAAGACCAAGCGAAGGGACUGCAACACCGACACCAAGGGUGUCCGCAGCGUCCGGGUUGUGGUGGAGAUCAGCUGUAGAAGCAGUCGUGGGUGCCGCUGUUUUGUAUAUUAUCAUCUUUUGA